UCCUUUCUCUCCGGGUGACAGAUGAAAUAAUAGGCAAUGAUGGAAAUGACGCAAAGACUGUGACUUUGCCUCCCUCGUCCCCUCUCCCUCUUCAUCUCCACCCCGUCCCUCCUCUCUCUCUCUGGGUCUCUCCCUCGAUGCCUCGUGCUUGUUGGACGGGCGACAGCAUCACACAGCAGGCAGGAUGACAAACCAGACGACAGCCAACCAGUCCAACACAAACAAAGCGAAGGAGAAAGAUGAAAACCAGCGAGAUGACAACACAGAGGUUGCGUAUAAAGAUGCUAGCCACUGCAGCCGCAACACCCACAACCUGCUCCUGGGACUCACUGUUAUGGGUGUUGUCAUGGGAGUGCUGUUUGGGAUGCUGCUGCGGUACAUGUUGGUGACGGACAGCUCCGUGCUCACUCUGGUCUCCUUCCCUGGAGAAAUCCUCAUGAGGAUGCUGAAAAUGCUCAUCCUGCCUCUAAUCAUUUCCAGCCUCAUCACAGGGCUUGCUGGUUUAGACGCCCGCUCCAGCGGCCGGAUGGGUAGUCGAGCCAUGUUGUACUACAUGUCCACCACUGUAAUUGCUGCCAUCCUCGGGGUCAUCCUGGUGCUGGGGAUCCACCCGGGGAACCCCAAACUGAGGGGAGGUACGGCAAGCGCAGCCCCAAAGAACCAGGAGGUCAGCAGUCUGGACGCCUUCCUCGACCUGCUCCGAAACCUCUUCCCCGAGAACCUGGUGCAGUCCUGCUUCCAACAGGUUCAGACAGUGCUGAAGAAGAUUCCAGUUGCAGCACCGAACCAAACUGAGCCAAUUUUGGUGAACAGAAAGAAACUGGAAUAUAAAUGGGGCAUGAACGUCCUAGGCUUGAUUGGCUUCUUCAUCACUUUCGGGAUCUGCAUGGGCAGGAUGGGCGAGCGGGGGAAGGUCAUGUGUGACUUCUUCAACAUCCUCAAUGAAAUCAUCAUGGCGAUGGUUUCCAUGAUCAUGUGGUACUCUCCUGUCGGCAUCGCCUCCCUGAUUGCCGGGAAGAUUGCGGCCAUCGGAGACCUGGAGGUGGUGGCCAGGCAGCUCGGCAUGUACAUGGUGACCGUCAUUGUGGGCCUGGUGAUCCAUGGUGGCCUGAUCCUACCCGCCAUAUACUUCUGUAUCACCAGAAAGAGCCCCAUUUCUUUCUACUCUGGAAUCUUCCAGGCCUGGAUCACUGCGCUGGGCACCGCUAGCAGUGCGGGGACAUUACCCGUCACCUUCCGAUGCCUGGAGGAGAACCUGAAGAUUGACAAGCGUGUGACUCGCUUCGUGCUGCCCAUAGGUGCCACCAUUAACAUGGACGGCACCGCACUGUAUGAGGCCGUGGCGGCCAUCUUCAUUGCCCAGAUGAAUGACAUCUCGCUGGACGGCGGACAGAUUGUUACUGUCAGUAUGACUGCCACCCUGGCCAGUGUCGGCGCUGCCAGUAUUCCCAGUGCUGGACUGGUGACUAUGUUGCUGAUCCUGACGGCAGUCGGCCUUCCCACCCAGGACAUCAGUCUGCUCAUCGCUGUCGACUGGCUGCUUGACAGAAUGCGUACCUCCAUCAACGUGGUGGGGGACUCAUUCGGCGCGGGCAUCGUGGACCACUUGUCCAAGGCAGAGCUCGCCGAAAUUGACGCGGCAGAAAUGCAAAUGCUCAUGCCAGAGGAGGUGCUCGAUUUCAUCCCGCCGCCGCCGAUCUUCACGGAGAUGGACCUGGUCGACCCUCUCCGACCGCCCGAGCUGCCGCCUCGCUCCCCGCGCCCGCCCAAACAAAACCACCACGGCCACGGCCUCUCCCAGUCCCACUCCAACACCUACUCGCCGUCUCGCUCUGUCCGGUCUCCAUCCCCUCGCUCCGUCCGUUCUCCCUCUCCGCGCUCCGUUUGCUCCCAUUCUCCCCGGCCUAUCCGUACCCAUUCACCACGCCUCCUCCACAGGACGGAGCCGGGCUACUGCGCUCUGCCCAGCUAUGAUAACCAGAUUCCCACUCUGCCCCGCUGCUACAGAGAGAGAGACCGGGAACGGGAGAGACUGAGGAGAGAGAGUGAAACCGAGGAGGAGGAGGAGAGGGAGAGGGAGAGGGUUCUGAGUGAAGUGAGCGACGGCGAGGAGAGCGAUGACACCGCUUAUGACCGGAGGCACGUCAUCCCACCGGGCGACCUGCCGUGAUUGGAUUUUACCACCAAAAAAGCUUCCCCAUCGAUUUUGUUUUCCAUUUUACGACAGCUUUUUUCCCCCCUUUAGUGCGCGACUCUGCUUUCUAGCAGGAGCCCGGUGGAGGUCCACAGUGGAUCUCUGGCUGGUUUACAUUGUGACUUCUUAUCUCUUAUCUAUUUUGAGUUCUCUGACCUGAAUUGAUAGACUGGACUAAUCAAUACGUUUAUUCUGCAAUGACAACACACUCUCUCUCUCUCUCUGGUUUGAUGCAACAGAGAGCCUAAAGGUGCUAUAUGUAUGUUACAGAAAUAUGUUGCUUUUAAAAGACAAGAGGUUAGAAGAUGAGAGCUACUUCUUUAUCCUCUCAUGUUGGACUGAGGGCAGACUCGACGCCACAGUGACUCACCAUCGCAAAUUGAUAUUACGAGAAGGGGUGGGCGGGGCCAGCUUGUUAGCAUGCUAAAUUCAGUAGAAGAAAAGAAAGGAUACAUAAAGAAGCAAAACAAGAGUUGAACAUUGGCAUUGCGCUCCGUAGAUUGAUGUUGAAAGUUUUGUGAAAAGUAAUUUAUGCUAAUGUUGCCUGGCAAAAAACUUACAUAUAGCACCUUUAAAAUUUGACAAUUGUUUCCCCAGUUUACUCAUAUCAUUCCCUUAAUAACUUCAUUUCUGCAUUGAUUUAUCACUAUGAAAAGUUUCCCGUAUGCCUGAACUUCUUUAAAAUUUCCCUGGUGCCAGGGAAUUGUGAGUUUGCUCUUGCUGAGAAAAGUAUGUUGGUGUUUUUUACCAGCUUUUUAAAAGCACAACCACAAUUUAUUAGUUUGCUCAACUCCUUCUCCUCUAUUUUUAGCGUCUUGGCAAGAAAGGGAAAAUUGUUGUACUUAAACGGAAUUAGUUCAACAUUUUGAGAAACAUGCUUAUUUGCCUUGGUUGCAAGGGAAUUAUGCCUGGAUUUUAUGGCAUAUUUAGGAGACUGAUACCAGACUGAUUUCAGACAUGAAUGCCAGAAAAAAUGUGCAGAAUUGCGAGUUUGCCAUUUCACAAAUGACCAACGGAGUAGGAGAUUUGUGGGAAAAUCUCCGGAGCGUUCUUUAGCGUCUGGUUAAAGCAUGAUGCAGGAGGCAGGACAUGAAAUUCUGCUGCGCAAAGCAAAGUUUGUUUGUUUAGUCAUCAACACUCGCCCACUCGCUCCCUGGGAAUUCUCCGGAAAUUGUCCUGCUGUAUUCUCAUAAAGGCUCACUCGGACAGUCUUCGGACAUUUUACCAGGGGACUGGCUGGAAAUUGUCCGGACUUCAGUGGAUGUCUGAAAGCAGCCUAUGUGUGCAAUUUAGUGCGGCUUGAUUAUAUAUCAUAUCAUAUCAUAUAUUUAUGUUGUAUAAACAUUGUAUGCUGGACUAUUUCUCAGUUGUGAGCAGGAACUUCCUGAAGCAUCCACUGCUUGCCUGGGAACUUUUUGUAGCAACCAAUGAUAUCAUAUUUAAAGAUCGAUGACAUGACAGCUUACAAAAGUGAAGCCAAAUAAUCUUGAUCGCCCCCUGGUGGCUGGCUGCAGUGCAUGUCACGAACCCUGUCUUCUCCACGUUAGCGGAUGGGACAAAUACAUUUCCAGGAUAUUUUGGCUGCACUUUUGCACAGUUGGGAAACCAUGGAGACGCGUCAUCCAUCUUUAUAUUUACUGUCUAUAGUCCCAGCCACAAAGGUGUCUAGCUCAUAAAUGUGUAGAAAAAAACCUCAUUACAUUAUUUUGUGUCAAUUAGUGAGAGUUUAGAGUUGCUGGUAGGUGGAUUUUGUCGCUCUUAGAUAACACCAGGCUAACUGUUUUCCCCCUGUCUCUAGUCUUUAUGCCAAGCAAAGCUGAGUUGCUGGUUGUAGUGUCUUAUUAACAUACAGACACGAGUGGUGUCACUGCAACACAAUAGGCAAGAAAGACAGCAACUAUAUUUCCCAAAAUCUCAAAUCUUCCUUGAAAUCACCUCAACAACACAACAGUUUCAUGUAAAUGAUAGAAACACACAACCAGCAGACAUUAUUUUUAUAUUUUUCCACCUUCUUGCAUCUACACUUUCAUCCUUGGUGCUCUUCUUGCACAUCACCUCAUGUUCCCCGACCUCGGUCAGCGUUGAUGUUAAUAUUGUUUAUAUAAUUUAUGGUUUGUAUUUUCUUGUUGUGGUCUGGUGUCUGAAAUGGUGAGUAAUAGGCAAGAUGCUGUUUUGAUUUUGAUGUAUCUUUAAAUUGACUUGUAGUUUUUUCUCUAAUUUAUCAUUUUUGAGUUCCUAAAUGCUGUAAAAUAACUUCAUCUGUCUCCUCUGUCCCACUUAAUUGCCUUUCAUUUUAAACUAACGUUCAUUAAACUGCCUCCCUACUUCCUCAAGUCUUAACUCAGACGAAAAGGUCUGGGUUAUGUGUAUAUUCUACGCAAUAAAAUCUUAAAGAUUUAUUUAA